AUGUCUUUUUCCUUACAUGAAAGGACACCUCCUUCCCAGCAUUCAACUUCAGUUAAUAAUAAUAAUAGUAAUAAUACAAGCUCAACCUCAUUUGCACCUCAAUGGGUGGAGGUGGGUUCUUCUACCAACUUGCAACACCAACAAAUGUUGCAACAACAACAACAACAACAACAAUAUCAUCAUCAUCAACAACAACAACACAUAAAUAAUGUAAAUAAUGUUCAUAGUAUUUAUCAAAAUUCAACCUCUUCAUCAUCAUCAUCAUCAUCAACACCUACUACUAAUGACUAUAGACAAAAAGUAAUCCAACAACAAUAUGGAUUCCAACAACAACAACAAAAUUCAUCUCAAUCAUCUUUUAUGUACCAAAAACAACAACAACAACAACAGAGUUCAUCCUCUUCAUCAUCGAUUGGAAUGUAUCAAUCGGAAUUAAAUGAUGGAACGGAUAGAAUUUUAAAUAAUGGUGUACACCAUAAUUUACACAUGAGCAAUGGAGGUGUAACAAGUGAAUUUGUAGAUAGAGUUUCAUCCAUUAGUGUUUUAAAUGAUCAUGAACAACAACAACAACAAUACCAACAGCAAUCACCAUUUCUUGCUGCCAAUGGAGGAGGAGGAGGUCUUGGUAAAUCUGGAAUGGGUAUACCAACAUCUUUAUCAUCGUCAAACAACAGUGUAAAUAACCAACAACAACAACAACAACAACAACAACAAAUCCAACAUCAAUCACCAUCACUUGGCAUGAAUACAAGACCACUAUCACCUUCAAAUUUUAGCCAAUUAUUUUCCAUAUCGAUGCCAACCUCUAAUGACUUUAUGGAUAAUAUGUUUUCGGUUCCUUUUGAUCCAUUUACAAAUAAUAAUAAUAGCAAUAAUAAUAUACACGCCAAUAAUACUAAUAAUAAUAAUAAUAAUAAUAAUAAUCAAUAUUUCCAACAACAGAAUGGAUUAUCACAUUCUCAAAGUAAAAUACAAAACCAAAGACCUACAACACCAGGAUUAUUAGGUCUCACUUCUCCAACAUUACAACAAGAACAUAUAUCGUCAAGUAACAAUGGAAUUAAUUAUAAUAGUGUAAAUGUUUCAUCUUCCCCAAUUUUAGGUAAUCAACAAUCAUCAUCAUUACGAUUCUCUCAACAAAAUAUUUUAAAUCAACAACAACAAAUCCAACAACUACAACAACAACAACAACAGCAACAACAAAUAUUACAACAACAAAUGUUACAACAACAACAACAACAACAACUACAUUUACAACAACAACAACAACACCAUCAUCACCAACAACAAAUCCAUCAUCAACACCAACAUCAUCAUCAACAACAACAACAACAACAACAACAACAUCAACAACACUUUGAACAACAACAACAAACAAUACAUUUACAAACUCAAACAACAUCCCUACCAACCAAUAGUAAUAAUAAUCAUUCCAACAUUCCACAAAUAAUAUCAAUUGCAACAUCUGAAAUUGUAAUUGAUGAAGAAAAUUUCCCAACAUUGAAUAGUAUAGUUAAAAAGACAACCAAUCUUACUUUGUCCUCUGACAAUAGUAAAGAGGCACAAAAAAAGAAAAAGGAAAUUGUAAAUAAUACAACUGCCAUUCCAGCCAACAACACUACUACUACUACUACUACAAACAAAGUGGAUAUGGCACAGGAAAAGGUAAAGUUAUCAUGGCACGAGUUCCAAAGUCUCUCUUCCAACGGAAGCGAGCCCAAUGAAAUUGAUGAACAUGCCAGUCGUGUACUUUGGGUAGGAAACAUUGGACUUGACGUCACUGAAGAGGAAUUAAAAACAGAGUUUAGUGUUUAUGGUGACCUAGAAAGUGUUAGGAUCCUACACGACCGUUUUUGUGCAUUUGUUAAUUUCAAAGAUACAUCCCAUGCCUCUUUGGCCAAAAAAAAUAUGCAUAAUCAAGUUAUUGGAAGUCAAUUUAUUGUUGUUAAUUUUAGACAUUCAAAUAAUAAUACCACUAAUAAUAAUAAGCAAGAUGAUAAUAAUAAUAAUAAUUUAAAUAAUUUUAAUACUAGUCCAAUUAGUAAUCCAUCAUAUAAUAAUAAUAAUAAUAAUCCAAAUAAUAAUAAUAAUAUUUCCAACAAUAAUAAUAAUAUCAUUCAUAACAACAGUACUAGUAUAGAUCCUUCUUCUUCUUCUUCUCAAAACACAUUAUCUCGUGCAAUAUAUAUAGGAAAUGUGUCUGAAAAUUUAACAGAAAAGGACAUUAGAAGAGAAUGUGAAAAAUAUGGUGAAAUUGAAUCAGUUAGAGUAUUAAGAAAGAAAGCAUGUGCUUUUGUCAAUUUCAUAACAGUUGCUACUGCCACAGCUGCUCUACAGGCAUUGAAUGGAAAAAGAUUGGGUGACACUGUUGUUCGUGUAAACUAUGGUAAACCUCAACCCCAACUAUCUUCAUCAACUGAGAAUAAUAAUAAUAAUAAUAGCCAACAUUCCAAUCAUAUCAAUCAUAAAAAUUGGAAUUAA